GUACCUGAUGAUUCAACCAAAAAUCCUGAACAAAAAUAGCUAUUCUUGCAUUAUCUAUCAUCAUCCUGUAAUUGUGUGCUCCAAAACUCAAAAUAAAUCGAGUAGCGCUAUGAAUCAAGCGAUUACCGUGUUGGGAAGUGAUCAAUCAUUUCUAGGAACAAGAACCACUUUUAGGUUAUGAAGUUUCUUCUGUUGAAAAGUAAACAAUCAUUCAAAUGUAAUUACUUCAUUCCUUUCUAUUAGUCCCGUAUAAGCAGAGUGCUCUGUUUUUCUCCUCUGAGGAAACCCAGCAACUGUGGCCGACGUCGGAGAUGAACCCCGGCCACCGGCGGGUAACCCACUAUUUGGGUCGCCUCUGUUUGCAGCGAUGGUGGAAGCACAAGGAAUAAGCUCCGGCGAGUAAUUAAAUCGAUUACCCUCUAUUCUUAAUCGAAUCAAGGAAUCAGAGUUGGCAGGGGAAGGAAUUUUCUUCACUCCGAGGGGUAAUGAGGGAAAGAGCAGAUACUCCGGCAAUUUAUGACUGCUGAAGGAAGCAAAUGCCAGGGAACUCCGGCGGAGGUUUGGGAGAUAGAAGAAAAUCCCUUAGCCGGUGACCAACACCAUCCCCAGCCGUCGCCAACUGCUGCAGGAGGAAGAGGAGCAUGCCAGAAGGUAAACGGCGCAAGAACGGGCGACGGAGCAGCGGAAACAAGCGCGAAAAAUGGAAAAUACGGGCACCCGAAACGUCGAAACGCGAAACGUUUCGAGUCCUCAAAACCAAAAUCGAAACGCGAUAAAUUGACGAGAAAGUGAAAUUGACGAGAUACGAUAUAAAGCUAAAUAUCGUGAUAUUUUGACGAUAUAUUGACUUUUGUGCGAUAUAUUGACUCGGAUCUGAACGGGACCAUCUCUGCCAAAAACAGGGUGCGGGAAGUCGCCGGAAAAUGCAGAAAAACAAGCAGAGCCCUCUCCUGCUAACUUACCAAAGUCAAAUUAAGAGCGAUUACAAAGGGGAGAGCCAAGUAGAGCAAGUUGGAGAGAGAAGAACACUGAUUUCCGGCAUCUGACAGCUCGACUCUGUUUUUCCUCUGCCAACGACGGCGACAGCUGGGGAUCAGUUCCGGCCUAGGAGAACUCUGUUCCAGCUGCUCAAGCCUCAAGUCCGUCGACUUUUUAUGUACUGCUAGGGACCAUCAGCCAUGGAAACAGGGGAGGACAAAAUGAUGAUGCUUGGCUUGCUUUGCUUUGUAGGCUCCCCGGCCCAAAGCCAAAGUGGAUUCGAUUCCUUUCUUGAGCCCUUCAAUUUGGUUCCUUGCCGACGGCCCUCCAUGGUGCAAAAUGCAAGUGAAAGGCUUCACUUGACCCAAUCAGAGCUCAAAACCCAACAAAAGAAUCUGUUCGUUUUGAAAAAAAAAAAAAAAAUCAUAGGAGAAUCAAAGGUGUACUGUGCUGCGAGAGAUCAAUCACAAAAGGAUGUGGUCUCCCAUCCUUAAAGAGCAAGUUUCUUUAAUCAACUUGACAACAUGAAAGACAUGUUAGCACGGACUAAAAUGAAUCGAUCCUGGUUUUGAUAUUUAUUUAUAAAGACUUUCGAUUUUUCGACUUAUCAUUUGUACAAAUAGAAUGGUAAUUAAUUUGAGUGUUUAUAUAUACUAUCUAGUACAAAUAUGACCACAUUGUAACCAUGUAGGCUCAUCGAUGCCACCACGGCGCAAGCUGUAGCGUAACUAUUAGCCAUUGUGGAGACUGUGAAUAGAUAGUAAUGCACUACUAUUGCUUUCUUUAGAGAGGGACUGGUUGGACAUGGAUAAUGGUGAAUAGAUGGUACUGCACUAUUGCUCUAGAGAGAGACUGAUUGGACUUGCGUUGUAGAAAUCAAAGAACACUAGCGGUAGCAUAGUAGUUGAAACUAUCAGCCAUGGUCGAAUUCUUCGGAAUGAAAAUGGAAACUAUACGGUAAGAAACCACGUACUAGGGUGUUUUCGGUCGAAUUUGGACAUUCGCGAUAAUUCGUAACAGAUGGACUAAAUAGAAUGAAAUUUGGGAUUUGAAAAAAAAAAGAAUUAGGCAUAACUCGGAAGAACUGACCAGCAACCUUCACAGAAGAAAAGAGUCAAGAUUUAUAAUAUACUUCUUUGAUUAAUUCCGAACAAAUAACCCCACAUACAUAUUUAUAGUAAAAUACUGAAAAUCAUAAUAAUAAACCUAAACUAAUAUUUUUUAAUAAUUAUCAUAAGAUGAACAAAUAAUAAGAACCAGUUUCAAACAGACGCUCCCAAGCAAUGUACCAACCACCAAUAAACUACUUUUCAUGUAAACACACUUUUCUACCUAAUUACCUUAAUCAUGCUUUCGGGGAUCACGGAAUCAGGUCGUGGCUAUUCUCCACCGAUAAUAAAGUAUAUUGAUCCUAUUAUCUAGGAUGAUAAGUCCAUUAUGCACCGAUUUGGGCCAAUUUAUUUCCAGAUGGCAUUUUCGUAAUUUACGGGCGACGAAAGCAAUUUUCUUAGGAUUUUGAAGGCUACAGGUCACGGAUUCGGCUUGAGGCUAUUCUUCAACGAUAAUGAAGUCUAUUGAUCCUAUUCUCCACGGAUGAUAAGUCCAUUAAGCACCGAUUUGGUCCAAUUUAUUUUCAGGUGGCAUUUUCAUAAUUUACGGGGCGACGAAAGCCAUUUUCUUUGGAUUUCGAAGGCUACAUGUCACGGGUUCGGCCUGAGGGUAUUCUUCAAUGUUGAUAAAGUCCAUUAAGCACCGAUUUGGACGGAUUUAUUCUUGAUCAAUUUUUGGCAGAUUCCAAAGGGGUACCAUCAGAGAUUUCAUGCGAUUUUUCCGAAAGUCCAGUUUUUUCGAUUCUCGAGGCUACAGAUAACGGAAUCAGUUCGUGGCUAUUCUCCACCGAUAAUGAAGUCUAUUGAUCCUAUUUGCCACGGAUGAAAAGUCCAUUAAGCACCGAUUUGGGCCAAUUUAUUUUCGAAUGACAUUUCUGUAAUUUAUGGGCGACGAAAGCCAUUUUCGUAGGAUUUUGAAGGCUACAGGUCACGGAUUUGGCUCGAGGCUAUUCUUCAACGAUGAUUAAGUCCAUUAAGCACCAAUUUGGGCGGAUUUAUUCCUUGUCAAUUUUUGGCAGAUUUCGAAGGGGUACCUUUAAAUAUUUUGGGCGAUUUUUCCGAAAUACCAUUUUUUUUCGAUUCCGGAGGCUACAGAUCACGGAAUCAGGCCGAGGCUAUUCUCCACCGAUAAUGAAGUCUACUGAUCCUAGUCUCCACGGAUGAUAAUUCCAUUAAUCUCGAUUGGGCCAAUUUAUUUUCGGAUGGCAUUUUCGUAAUUUAUGGGGCGACGAAAGCCAUUUUCUUUGCAUUUUGAAGGCUACAGGUCACGGGUUCGGCUUGAGGGUAUUCUUCAACGAUGAUUAAGUCCAUUAAGUACCGAUUUGGGCGAAUUUAUUCCGGGUCAAUUUUUGGCAGAUUCCAAAGGGGUACCAUCACAAAUUUCUGGCGAUUUUUCCGAAAUGCCAUUUUCUUUCUAUUCUGGAGGCUACAGAUCACGAAAUCAGGCCGAGGCUAUUCUCCACCGAUAAUGAAGUCUAUUGAUCCUUUUCACCACGGAUGAUAAGUCCAUUAAGCACCGAUUUGGGCCAAUUUAUUUUCGGGUGGCAUUAUCGUAUUUUACGGAGCGACGAAAGCUAUUUUCUUUGCAUUUUGAAGGCUACAGGUCACGGGUUCGUCCUGAGGCUAUUCUUCAACGAUAAUUAAGUCCAUUAAUCACCGAUUUGGGCUGAUUUAUUACUGGUCAAUUUUUGGCAGAUUCCAAAGGGGUACCAUCACAGAUUUUCAGGUGAUUUUUCCGAAAUGUCAUUUUCUUACAAUUUUGGAGGCUACAGAUCACGAAAUUAGGCCGAGGCUAUUCUCCACCGAUAAUGAAGUCUAUAGAUUCUUUUCUUCACGGAUGAUAAGUCCAUUAAGCACCGAUUUGGGCCAAUUUAUUUUCGGGUGGCAUUAUCGUAAUUUACGGGGCGACGAAAGCCAUUUUCUAUGGAUUUUGAAGACUAUAGGUCACGGGUUCGGCUUGAGGGUAUUCUUCAACGAUGAUUAAGUCCAUUAAGCACCGAUUUGGGCGGAUUUUUGGCAGAUUCCAAAGGGGUACCAUUUUUGGCAGAUUCCAAAGGGGUACCAUCACAAAUUUCGGGCGAUUUUUCCGAAAUCCCAUUUUCUUUCGAUUCUGGAGGCUACAGAUAAAGGAAUCAGGCCGAGGCUAUUCUCCACCGAUAAUGAAUUCUAUUGAUCCUAUUCUCCUUGGAUGAUAAGUCUAUUAAGCACCGAUUUGGGCAAUUUAUCUUUGAAUGGAAUUUUUGUAAUUUACAAGGCGACGAAAGGCCAUUUUUUUUAGAUUUUGAAGGCUUCAGGUCAGAUUCGGUCUAAGGCUAUUCUUCAAUGAUGAUUAAGUCCAUCAAGCACUGAUUUUGGCGGAUUUAUUCCGGUUAAAUUUUUGGCAGAUUCCAAAGUGGUACCAUCACAAAUUUCGGUGAUUUUUCCGAAAUGCCAUUUUCUUUUGAUUUUCGAGGCUACAGAUCACGGAAUCAGGCAGAGGCUAUUCUCCAGGGAUUAUGAAGUCUAUUGAUCCUAUUCUCCACAGACGAUAAGUCCAUUAAGCACCGAUUUGGGCCAAUUUAUUUUUGGAUUGCAUUUUCGUAAUUUGCUGGGCAACGAAAGCCAUUUUCUUAUGAUAUUGAAGGCUACAGCUCACUUAUUCGCCCUGAGGCUAUUCUUCAAUGAUGAUUAAGUCCAUUAAGCAGUGAUAUGGGAGGAUUUAUUUUGGGUCAAUUGUUGGCAGAUUCCUAAGGGGUACCAUCACAGUUUUCGAACGAUUUUUCCGAAAUGCCAUUUUCUUUCGAUUCUGUAGGCUACAGAUCACGGAAUCAGGUCGUGGCUAUUCUCCACCGAUAAUGAAGUCUUUUGAUCCUAUUCUCUAGGAUGAUAAGUCCAUUUGCACCGAUUUGGGCCAAUUUAUUUUCGGAUGGCAUUUUCGUAACUUACGGGGCGACGAAAGACAUUUUCUUUGGAUUUUGAAGGCUACAGGUUACGGAUUCGGCUUGAGGCUAUUCUUCAACGAUAAUGAAGUCUAUUGAUCCUAUUCUCCACUGAUGAUAAGUCCAUUAAGCACCGAUUUGGUCCAAUUUAUUUUCAGGUGGAAUUUUUGUAAUUUACGGGGCGACAAAAGCCAUUUUCUUUGGAUUUUGAAGGCUACAUGUCACGGGUUCGGCCUGAGGGUAUUCUUCAAUGUUGGUUAAGUCCAUUAAGCAGCGAUUUCGACGGAUUUAUUCUUGGUCAAUUUUUGGCAGAUUCCAAAGGGGUACAAUCACAGAUUUCGUGCGAUUUUUCCGAAAUGCCAUUUUCUUAAAAUUUUGGAGGCUACAGAUCAUAAAAUUAGGCCGAGGCUAUUCUCCACCGAUAAUGAAGUCUAUUGAUUCUUUUAUCCACGGAUGAUAAGUCCAUCAAGCACCGAUUUGGGCCAAUUUAUUUUCGGGUGGCAUUAUCGUAAUUUACGGGGCGACGAAAGCCAUUUUCUUUGGAUUUUGAAGACUACAUGUCACGGGUUCGGCUUAAGAGUAUUCUUCAACGAUGAUUAAGUCCAUUAAGCACCGAUUUGGGCGGAUUUAUUCCGGGUCAAUUUUUGGCAGAUUCCAAAGUGGUACCAUCACAGAUUUCGGGCGAUUUUUCCGAAAUCCCAUUUUCUUUCGAUUCUGGAGGCUACAGAUAAGGAAUCAGGCCGAGGCUAUUCUCCACCGAUAAUGAAGUCUAUUGAUCCUAUUCUCCACGGAUGAUAAGUCCAUUAAGCACCGAUUUGGGCAAUUUAUUUUUGAAUAGAAUUUUUGUAAUUUACGGGGCGACGAAAGGACAUUUUUUUAGAUUUUGAAGGCUUCAGGUCAUAGAUUCGGCCUGAGGGUAUUCUUCAACGAUGAUUAAGUCCAUUAAGCACUGAUUUUGGCGCAUUUAUUCCGGUUAAAUUUUGACAGAUUCCAAAGGGGUACCAUCACAAAUUUCGGUGAUUUUUCCGAAAUGCCAUUUUCUUUCGAUUCUCGAGGCUACAGAUCACGGAAUCAAGCCGAGGCUAUUCUCCAGGGAUUAUGAAGUCUAUUGAUCCUAUUUUCCACAGACGAUAAGUCCAUUAAGCACCGAUUUCGCCCAAUUUAUUUUCGGAUGGCAUUUGCGUAAUUUAUGGGCGACGAAAGCCAUUUUCGUAGGAUUUUGAAGGCUACAGGUUACGGAUUCGGCUUGAGGCUAUUCCUCAACGAUGAUAAAGUCCAUUAAGCACCGAUUUGGGCGGAUUUAUUCCUUGUCAAUUUUUGGCAGAUUUGGAAGGGGUACCUUUAAAGAUUUUGGGCGAUUUUUCCGAAAUACCAUUUUCUUUCGAUUCUGGAGGCUACAGAUCACGGAAUCAGGCCGAGGCUAUUCUCCACCGAUAAUGAAGUCUACUAAUCCUAGUCUCCACGGAUGAUAAGUCCAUUAAUCCUCGAUUUGGGCCAAUUUAUUUUCGGAUGGCAUUUUCUUAAUUUAUGGGGCGACGAAAGACAUUUUCUUUGCAUUUUGAAGGCUACAGGUCACGGGUUCGGCUUGAGGGUAUUCUUCAACGAUAAUUAAGUCUAUCAAGUACCGAUUUGGGCGAAUUUAUUCCGUGUCAAUUUUAAGCAGAUUCCAAAGAGGUACCAUCACAGAUUUCUGGCAAUUUUUCCGAAAUGCCAUUUUCUUUCUAUUCUGGAGGCUACACAUCACGAAAUCAGGCCGAGGCUAUUCUCCACCGAUAAUGAAGUCUAUUGAUCCUUUUCACCACGGAUGAUAAGUCCAUUAAGCACCGAUUUGGGCCAAUUUAUUUUCGGGUGGCAUUAUCGUAUUUUACGGAGCGACGAAAGCUAUUUUCUUUGCAUUUUGAAGGCUACAGGUCACGGGUUCAUCCUGAGGCUAUUCUUCAAGGUUGAUUAAGUCCAUUAAGCACCGAUUUGGGCUGAUUUAUUACUGGUCAAUUUUUGGCAGAUUCCAAAGGGGUACCAUCACAGAUUUCAGGCGAUUUUUCCGAAAUGCCAUUUUCUUACAAUUCUGGAGGCUACAGAUCACGAAAUUAGGCCGAGGCUAUUCUCCACCGAUAAUGAAGUCUAUUGAUUCUUUUCUUCACGGAUGAUAAGUCCAUUAAGCACCGAUUUGGGCCAAUUUAUUUUCGGGUGGCAUUAUCGUAAUUUACGGGGCGACGAAAGCCAUUUUCUUUGGAUUUUGAAGACUAUAGGUCACGGGUUCGGCUUGAGGGUAUUCUUCAACGAUGAUUAAGUCCAUUAAGCACCGAUUUGGGCGGAUUCAUUCCGGGUCAAUUUUUGGCAGAUUCCAAAGGGGUACCAUCACAAAUUUCGGGCGAUUUUUCCGAAAUCCCAUUUUCUUUCGAUUCUGGAGGCUACAGAUAAAGGAAUCAGGCCGAGGCUAUUCUCCACCGAUAAUGAAUUCUAUUGCUCCUAUUCUCCAUGGAUGUUAAGUCCUUUAAGCACCGAUUUGGGCAAUUUAUUUUCGAAUGGAAUUUUUGUAAUUUACGGGGCGACGAAAGGCCAUUUUUUUUAGAUUUUGAAGGCUUCAGGUCACAGAUUCGGCCUGAGGCUAUUCUUCAAUGAUGAUUAAGUCCAUUAAGCACUGAUUUUGGCGGAUUUAUUCCGAUUAAAUUUUUGGCAGAUUCCAAAGUCGUACCAUCACAAAUUUCGGUGAUUUUUCCGAAAUGCCAUUUUCUUUCGAUUUUCGAGGCUACAGAUCACGAAAUCAGGCUGAGGCUAUUCUCCAGGGAUUAUGAAGUCUAUUGAUCCUAUUCUCCACAGACGAUAAGUCCAUUAAGCACCAAUUUGGGCCAAUUUAUUUUCGGAUGGCAUUUUCGUAAUUUGCUAGGCGACGAAAGCCAUUUUCUUAUGAUAUUGAAGGCUAUAGCUCACUGAUUCGCCCUGAGGCUAUUCUUCAACGAUGAUUAAGUCCAUUAAGCACUGAUAUGGGAGGAUUUAUUUUGGGUCAAUUUUUUGCAGAUUCCAAAGGGGUACCAUCACAGUUUUCGAGCGAUUUUUCCGAAAUGCCAUUUUCUUUCGAUUCUGUAAGCUACAGAUCACGGAAUCAGGUCGUGGCUAUUCUCCACCAAUAAUGAAGUUUAUUGGUCCUAUUCUCUAGGAUGAUAAGUCCAUUUGCACCGAUUUUGGCCAAUUUAUUUUCGGAUGGCAUUUUCGUAACUUACGGGGCGACGAAAGCCAUUUUCUUUGGAUUUUGAAGGCUACAGGUUACGGAUUCGGCUUGAGGCUAUUCUUCAACCAUAAUGAAGUCUGUUGAUCCUAUUCUCCACUGAUGAUAAGUCCAUUAAGCACCGAUUUUGUCUAAUUUAUUUUCAGGUGGCAUUUUUGUAAUUUACGGGGCGACGAAAGCCAUUUUCUUUGGAUUUUGAAGGCUACAUGUCACGGGUUCGGCCUGAGGGUAUUCUUCAAUGUUGAUUAAGUCCAUUAAGCAGCGAUUUGGACGGAUUUAUUCUAGGUCAAUUUUUGGCAGAUUCCAAAGGUGUUAAUCACAAAUUUCAUGCAAUUUUUUCGAAAUGCCAUUUUCUUACAAUUCUGGAAGCUACAGAUCAUAAAAUUAGGCCGAGGCUAUUCUCCAUCGAUAAUGAAGUCUAUUGAUUCUUUUCUCCACGGAUGAUAAGUCCAUUAAGCACCGAUUUGGGCCAAUUUAUUUUUGGGUGGCAUUAUCGUAAUUUACGGGGCGACGAAAGCUAUUUUCUUUGUAUUUUGAAGACUACAUGUCACGGGUUCGGCUUGAGGGUAUUCUCCAACGAUGAUUAAGUCCAUUAAGCACCGAUUUGGGCGGAUUUGUUCCGGGUCAAUUUUUUGCAGAUUCCAAAGGGGUACCAUCGCAGAUUUCGGGCGAUUUUUUCGAAAUCCCAUUCUCCAAGGAUUAUGAAGUCUAUUGAUCCUAUUCUCCACAGAUGAUAAGUCCAUUAAGCACCAAUUUGGGCCAAUUUAUUUUCGGAUGGCAUUUUCGUAAUUUGCUAGGCGACGAAAGCCAUUUUCUUAUGAUAUUGAAGGCUACAGCUCACUGGUUUGCCCUGAGGCUAUUCUUCAACGAUGAUUAAGUCCAUUAAGCACUGAUUUGAGAGGAUUUAUUUUGGGUUAAUUUUAGGCAGAUUCGAAAGGGGUACCAUCACAGUUUUCGAGCGAUUUUUCCGAAAUGCCAUUUUCUUUCGAUUCUGUAGGCUACAGAUCACGGAAUCAGGUCGUGGCAAUUCUCCACCGAUAAUGAACUCUAUUGAUCCUAUUCUCUAGGAUGAUAAGUCCAUUAUGCACCAAUUUGGGCCAAUUUAUUUUCGGCUGGCAUAUUCGUAAUUUACGGGGCGACGAAAGCCAUUUUCUUUGGAUUUUGAUGGCUACAUGUCACGGGUUGGGCCUGAGGGUAUUCUUCAAUGUUGAUUAAGUCCAUUAAGCACCGAUUUGGACGGAUUUAUUCUUGGUCAAUUUUUGGCAGAUUCCAAAGGGGUACCAUCAGAGAUUUCGGGCGAUAUUUUCGAAAGUCCAGUUUUUUCGAUUCUGGAGGCUACAGAUCACGGAUUCAGGUCGUGGCUAUUCUCCACCGAUAAUGAAGUCUAUUGAUCCUAUUCGCCACGGAUCAAAAGUCCAUUAAGCACCGAUUUGGGCCAAUUUAUUUUCGAAUGGUAUUUUCGUAAUUUAUGGGCGACGAAGCCAUUUUCGUAGGAUUUUGAAGGGUACAUGUCAAGGAUUCGGUUUGAGGCUAUUCGUCAACGAUGAUUAAGUCCAUUAAGCACCGAUUUGGGCUGAUUUAUUCCUUGUCAAUUUUUGGCAGAUUCCAAAGGGGUACCAUCACAGAUUUCCGGCGAUUUUUCUGAAAUGCCAUUUUCUUUCUAUUCUGGAGGCUACUGAUCACGAAAUCAAGCCGAGGCUAUUCUCCACCGAUAAUGAAGUCUAUUGAUCCUUUUCUCCACGGAUGAUAAGUCCAUUAAGCAACAAUUUUGGCCAAUUUAUUUUCGGGUGGCAUUAUCGUAAUUUACGGAGCGACGAAAGCAAUUUUCUUUGCAUUUUGAAGGCUACAGGUCACGGGUUCGUCCUGAGGCUAUUCUUCAAUGGUGAUUAAGUCCAUUAAGCACCGAUUUGUGCUGAUUUAUUACUGGUCAAUUUUUGGCAGAUUCCAAAGGGGUACCAUCACAGAUUUCAGGCGAUUUUUUCCGAAAUGCCCUUUUCUUACAAUUCUGGAGGCUACAGAUCACGAAAAUAGGCCGAGGCUAUUCACCACCGAUAAUGAAGUCUAUUGAUUCUUUUCUUCACGGAUGAUAAGUCCAUUAAGCACCGAUUUUGGCCAAUUUAUUUUAGGGUGGCAUUAUCAUAAUUUACGGGGCGACGAAAGCCAUUUUCUUUGGGUUUUGAAGACUACAGAUAACGGGUUCGGCUUGAGGGUAUUCUUCAACGAUGAUUAAUUCCAUUAAGCACCAAUUUGGGUAGAUUUAUUCCGGGUCAAUUUUUGGCAGAUUCCAAAGUGGUACCAUCACAGAUUUCGGGCGAUUUUUCCGAAAUGCCAUUUUCUUUCCGUUCUGGAGGCUACAGAUUAAGGAAUCAGGCCGAGGCUAUUCUCCACCGAUAAUGAAGUCUAUUGAUCCUAUUCUCCAUGGAUGAUAAGUCCAUUAAGCACCGAUUUGGGCAAUUUAUUUUCGAAUGGAAUUUUUGUAAUUUACGGGGCGACGAAAUGCAAUUUCUUUUAGAUUUUGAAGGCUUCAGGCCAGGUCACAGAUUCGGCCAGAGGCUAUUCUUCAACGAUGAUUAAGCCCAUCAAGCACUGACUUAGGCGGAUUUAUUCCGGUUAAAUUUUUGGCAGAUUCCAAAAGGGUACCAUCACUGAUUUCGGUGAUUUUUUCGAAAUGCCAUUUUCUUUCGAUUCUCGAGGCUACAGAUCACGGAAUCAGGCCGAGACUAUUCUCCAGCGAUUAUGAAGUCUAUUGAUCCUAUUCUCCACAGACGAUAAGUCCAUAGCACCGAUUUGGGCCAAUUUAUUUUUGUAUGACAUUUUUCGUAAUUUGCUUGGCGACGAAAGCCAUUUUCUUGUGAUAUUGAAGGCUACAGCUCACUGAUUCGCCAUGAGGCUAUUCUUCAACGAUGAUUAGUUCCAUUAAGCACUGAUUUGGGAGGAUUUAUUUUGGGUCAAUUUGUGGCAGAUUCCAAAGGGGUACCAUCACAGUUUUCGAGCCAUUUUUCCAAAAUGCCAUUUUCUUUGGAUUCUGUAGGCUACAGAUCAUGGAAUCAGGCCGAGGCCAUUCUCCACCGAUAAUGAAGUCUAUUGAUCCUA